UUCAUAACUUCAACCAGUAUUCAAUUUUAAUAUAACCUAUACAUAUUCUUUUAUCACUCAAAAUGGGCUCAAUGCCAGAAUUCACAAUCUAUAUCUUAGACCCUUUCCACCCCGAUGCCGUUGCGCUCGUGCAAAGCAUCCCCUACGUUCGAGCCAUUCUUCCAGAUGAUCCUCACAAGGCGAACUGGCACGCUGAUGCCGAUGGUAUCAUGGUUCGGUCUGAUUCCAGACUAACCGAAGCGGACUUUGCCAAAGCCUCUUGUCUACGUGCGGUCGUCAAGCAAGGAGUCGGUGUAGACAACAUCGAUCUCGAAGGAGCAAAAAAGCACGGCAUUGCUAUUCACAACACGCCUGCUCUGAAUAGUGAGAGUGUUGCUGAAUUAUCAAUGGCUCUCACGCUAACCCUGAGCCGGCGGGUGGGUGAAAUUGACCGUGCGGUACGCAGCGGCCAGACUGUUAUUCGUUCUCAGGUGCUCAGCACUAGUAUGUUCCGCAAAACGGUAGGCGUUGUGGGCAUGGGCAAUAUUGGUAAGAUUAUUGCCCAGAAGUGGAUCGGUGCCUUCGGGUGCCAGAUUAUUGCAUACGACCCUUACGCAGCGCCCAGUGCCUGGAACGAUAUCCAACAUACCCGUGUAGAAGCAUUAGAUGAUUUACUGAAGGUUGCUGAUGUAGUGACUCUUCAUGUACCGCUAGUGGAUUCUACAAGAGGUUUGAUCGGAGCACAUGAGUUUGGUGUGAUGAAAAAAACUGCUAUUCUAGUCAACUGUUCUCGUGGAGGCGUCGUUGAUGAGAAGACAUUACUUGUAGCCAUCGAGAAGAAGCAGAUUGGUGGUGCCGCACUUGAUGUGAUGGAGAUUGAACCACCAACGUUAUCGGUCUACGGCGAAUUUCUCAAGCAUGAAAAUGUUAUUAUGACUCCACAUAUUGGGGGAAGCACAAAGGAGAACCAAAGCCGGAGUGGCAUGGCGGUGGCGGAGACGCUGAUGGAUGUACUAGAGGGACGUGAGGCUGGUGGAAAGCUAGUCUAAUUCUGAGAUACAUAUAUCUAUA